AAAGCAAGCAAACGAGUAAGCAGGGCUGUUGGCAACAACAACAACACCUCGUGGAAGAACAGGACAGGACAGCAGCACUGCGGCCGCCUCGAUGAGACGUGCACAGCCGUCUUCCGCGACGAGCUCCGAGAGUCAGAGUCAGAGUCAGCAGUAGCGAAAAGUGAAAAGAGUGCAGAGAGCGAGCCACACCAUGAUCCGCCUCCUGGGAUGACUAGUCCGAUCCUGACCUCCCAGCCGGCCCCGUGCGUGGGUGGCCGUGGCAGCGCUGCUUUAGCCUGCCGUAGUGGCCACACUCUAUGUGUCGUGUUAGUGAGGCCCUCCAGGAUGGAUUAUGAUGCACUUUCAGCCACUGACGAGCGGCCCAAGACCCUCAACACGGGCCAACAGCCAGUCGAGGCGAAACGGACGGUCACAGAAGUACAGAUGCACAGCAACAGCAGCAGCAACAAGAAAUUAUGGGGGUCCAUUUUCGUCUUCUGCACGUAA